AUGGCCGACAACUCUCAAGGGACAGCCAGUCCUAAGAAUGAGCAAAUCUACCCAGAAGUAGGCGAAGACGCCGAGACGCGCGCUGCCCGCCGAGAACUGAAACAGUCCUCCAUAUCUGACCCUCCUGCCGCCGCUCGCGACCUCGGAUCCGAUCCAGUAGAUGAGGGAGCGGCACGCCCCGACACUCCAACCGACCAAGUAUCCGAUGGCCAAGAUGAUAGAUUCAAGGAGCAUGUGCCGUCUCCAAAGAAGAAACGCGCACACGACCAGUUAGAUGGAAGCAUAGACCUCGAAAAUAACGAUACCAACAGUGUUACAUCUACAGAAUCUACCAGAGAUCGAGCUUCCCGGUUAGAGCCAGAAAAAAAACGACAUCGUGAUGAGGACUCAACAAGAGAGGUAUCGAAAUCCUCGUCAACAACAGACCUGCCGCUAGCCACAGAUGAUACAGCAGGCUCCAAAACUUCUCCAGCUAAAGUUUUGCCACAAACGUCUUCCAGCGCUUUUCAAGCCUCAGACUUCGGCAAACUUGCUACUGGAUCCUCGCCAUUUGCGAGUUUGGGCACAACCCAGAGCAGUAUCUUUGCUUCUCCAGCUGCUGCGUCGACUUUACCACCAACCUCUGUGUUCAGCGCCCCGGGAUCACAGCUUCCGCCGUCUACUAUGCCUAAAUUGACUUUUGGAAGUGCUAACAGUGCUUCACCUUUCGCUAGCCUUGCUUCAGGGAUUAAUGGAGCUGGACUUGGCUCUCCAUUCGCAGCCAGCAAAGGUCUGGACAGCUUCGCAUCACCCAUGGCCAAACAAGUUCAGAGCGAAAGGCCUGCAAAGCCAUUUGGAGCUCCGGAGAGUGAUGAAGAGAGUGGAGAUGAAGCAGACGCAGUCGCAGAUGAUGAACCCGAGCCGAGUGAACAAGAGGGAGCUACACCACUAGAGAAGGAAUCGGAGGAGAAGAAGAAGAUCAAACUCCAUAAAGUCGAAGUUGAUGACGGCGAAGCAGGUGAAACAACCCUGCUUUCUGUCAGAACAAAGCUAUUCUACCAUGACAAAGAGGCGGGCUGGAAGGAACGAGGCGCUGGGAUGUUGAAAAUCAAUGUCCCGCAGGGCUGUAUUGAGUUUGAUGAAAAUGGAGCACCUGUUCUUGGAUCAUUUGAUGCGUCCGGUCUUGAAGCUGAUGAAGAGGGGGGUGAAAAGACACAAGAUCAUAAAGUUGUCCGUCUUCUUAUGCGCCAAGAUCAGACACACCGUGUGAUUCUCAAUACCGCCGUUCUCCCGGCUAUGAAUUUCCAAGAAAAGGCAUCGCUCAAAUCUGUGGGAAUACUGUUUACUGCUUUUGAGGGCGAGCAGGCGAAGCCUGUGAGCAUCACAUUGAGGAUGUCGGCUGCAAGCGCUAAGAGCUUCUUAAAGGAGAUUAGCAGUAUCCAGAAAGAACUCCGGGGCAACUAA